GGCGGCGGAAGCACUGCCUGGUGACGACUCAGGAAGUGGUUGUGUUGUGUAGCCCUGAGCGGAAGUGUCCCCUGCUGGAGUUGGUCCUCUGGAGCCGAGCCCCGACCAGAAGGGGCGGCCGGGCCGUUUCACUGCAUUUGCAUAGCAGAGCUGAUUCCUUUAACAUAAUCGAAAUGGGACCUAGGCGGAAAAAUAUGAAAGUGUGUUCCACAAACAGGGAAGGCCCUGCAUGUAUCAAAGGUGCUGAACUGAAGGAUUAUAUGAAUCAACUUUCACAUGAAGUACUUUGCCAUAUAUUUCGAUAUCUUCCGCUGCAGGAUAUCAUGUGCAUGGAGUGCCUCUCCCGAAAGUUAAAAGAAGCAGUUACUCUAUACUUGAGAGUGGUAAAGGCUGUGGAUCUCUGUGCAGGCCGCUGGUGGGAGUACAUGCCUACUGGAUUCACAGAUUCCAGCUUCCUGACUUUGUUAAAGAAAAUGCCAGACAUUGAGCAGCUGUAUGGGCUCCACCCCAGGCACCUUGACAGGCGCAGAGUUCGUGGUUAUGAAGCAUUCAGCAUUCCAGGAGUUUUAGAAGCAUUGCAAGCUUGUCCAAAUUUAUUAGGUGUUGAGACUUCCCAUUUGGAACUGGUAGAAGCCAUUUGGACGUACAUGCCACAGGUUCAUAUUCUAGGGAAGUUUCGUAAUCGUAAUGGUGCCUUUCCCAUUCCACCUGAAAACAAACUAAAAAUACCAAUAGGAGCUAAAAUUCAGACUUUGCACUUAGUAGGAGUGAAUGUUCCAGAUAUUCCUUGCAUCCCUAUGUUGAGGCACCUGUAUCUGAAGUGGGUGAGACUCACCAAACCCCAGCCUUUUAAGGAUUUUCUUUGUGUCAGUUUACGCACCUUUGUCAUGAGAAAUUGUGCAGGACCCACAAAUUCGUUGAAAUAUGUGCCCUUGGUGACAGGCUUGGCUUCUGCUCGAAACCUGGAACAUCUAGAAUUGGUUCGUGUUCCCUUCCUAGGUGGUCUUAUCCAGCAUGUUGUAGAAGACAGCUGGAGAUCUGGAGGCUUCAGAAAUUUGCACACGAUAGUUCUGGGAGCUUGCAAGAAUGCUCUGGAAGUGGACCUUGGCUACCUCAUCAUAACUGCAGCACGAAGAUUGCAUGAAGUAAGAAUCCAGCCUUCCCUAACCAAAGAUGGAGUAUUCUCAGCACUAAAAAUGGCAGAACUGGAGUUUCCACAGUUUGAAACACUACAUCUUGGAUAUGUUGAUGAGUUUUUGCUGCAGUGUAAAAUGAUCAAUGCAGACCUAGUGAAGUAUGGCUUGGCUGAUGUAGUUGAAAAUCCAGGUAUCAUCACAGAUAUUGGAAUGAAAGCAGUGAAUGAAGUCUUUUCUUCCAUUAAAUAUCUUGUCAUAUACAACUGCCCACAUCUUCAUAAUCCAAGCAGCUGGAUCACAGAUCAUUCAAGAUGGACUAGGCUAUUUGACCUCACCUUAGUAAGAUGCCAUGCAAUAAAACUAGACUCCUUUAGCCAGUUUAUUGAGUUACUGCCAAGCCUUGAGUUCAUCUCUCUGGAUCAGAUGUUCCGGGAACCUCCUAAGGGGUGUGCUCGCGUAGGUCUGAGUGCAGGCACAGGAAUUGGUGUUUCCUCUGCUUUGGUCAGCAAUCAGAACUCCAACAAUGAAAACGACAACAACAAUAAUCACCAGAAUAAUAAUGCCAAUAUACACCAUAACAACCACCAGCAACCAAAUGACCAAAAUGAAGAGAAUGAAAUGCAGCAAGAGGACCAGGUAGAAGAACAACAGAUUGCAGCAGAGGCACUGAAUGAUAUGGAGGAAGUAGCACAGGAAGAUGGAGUGGCAGUGAGAGAGAGUCACAGUGAAGCUUCUGCAAUGAAUCAAGCACUUCUUCCUAUGGAAGUUGAUGAAGAGCAAGCAGGGCCCAGUGGCCUUCAGCCUAAUGUAAAUCUAGCACCUAUAACUGUACAUGAUUCAGACAGUGAGGAUGAAGAUGAGAACAUGGCAACUUCGAGAUCAUGUAUUACAAACAGCAUUGCACAAAGUUACUCAGAUGGAGAGGAGAAAGUCAGAGAUCCAGUUGAAAUUCAGGAGUCCUUAGUGAGUGGUAAAGGCAAAGCUCCACUGCGAAAGAGAUGCAAUGCCAGCCGAGUCAAACUGUUCCUUUCGGAAGAAAGCAGCUGUGAAAAAGGCUGUCAAGUCACCAGUGAACAGAUUAAAGCAGAUAUGAAGGCAGCCACUGAUGGGACAACAGAAAAAAAUAAAAAUAAAGAUUGCUACCCAAGCUGUGGUGACAGCAGUGGACCUUCGGGGAGUUUGAGCACUUCUGCUUCGCCAAGCCCUGAUGGUGUAAGGAUGAUUGAUGGCUCCAGUGAGACCCCGUCUACAGCUGCAGAAGACUCUGAAGAAUGUGUCUGCAAGAGUGAAGGUGCUACAGAAAGAGACAACGAAGAGAACUCUUUAUGCUCCAGGUGUUCCUGCUCUCCACUCCAGAGUCAGCAAAGGAGGACUAAUGGAACCUCUGAUGGGGAAUGCCCAUCCACCAGCGGAGCUCGUGGUAUGAAUGGGGCAAACGUGGGAGGGGCCGAGUUCUCCCUCCGAACAUUGCCAAGCUGCGGUUCUCUAAGGGAGACCAGCAGUGACAGGACUAAUGACAGAAUCAGUGGGACUGCUAAUGAGGAACAGAGCACAAGUUCACAGCAAGGGAGGCAUGGAGUGGAAUAUAAUGAUGAUUACCCCCGCAGGCCUCUCACAAGAGCCAGAAGCAGACUUUCCCAUGUGCCUCUGGUGUCUCAGUCAGAAGUAACCAAAGCAAAACCCAGACAGUCAGUGAAGCGGAAACGGACAGCUGACAAGUCCACGAGCACCAGUGACCCUGUGAUCGAGGAUGACCAUGUUCAGGUUCUGACACUGAAAUCGAAAAACCUUGUUGGGAUCACCUUGACAAACUGUGGCAUAACAGACCUGAUGCUGAAAGACUGCCCUAAAAUGAUGUUCAUUCAUGCCACAAGAUGCCGUGUCCUUAAACACUUAAAAGUAGAGAAUGCACCUAUUGUCAAUCGAUUUGACUAUGCUCAAUGCAAGAAAUUUAAUAUGGACCAGGUACUAGAUCAAAUACUGCGGAUGCCGCCAGAGAGAAAUCGAAUAAUUUACCUUCGGCCAAUGCAGCAGGUUGACACACUGACUCUAGAACAAAAGAUAUUUAGUGGUCCUUACCCAUACCACAUCUGUGUAAUUCAUGAGUUUAGUAAUCCUCCAAAUGUUCGCAACAAGGUGCGCAUUCGCAGCUGGAUGGACACAAUAGCAAACAUUAAUCAAGAGCUUAUUAAAUAUGAAUUCUUCCCUGAAGCCACACGAACAGAAGAUGACCUGAAGAAAUAUCCAAAGUACCCUUGGGGAAGAGAUAUUUACACUUUAGAAGGUGUUGUGGAUGGGGCUCCCUACUCCAUGAUUACUGAUUUCCCUUGGUUGAGGUCACUCAGGACAGCAGAGCCUAAUGGCUAUGCCAGAUAUGACUUUGAGGAUGAUGAAAAAACUACUAUUUAUGCUCCCAGAAGGAAAGGGCAGCUGUCAGCAGAUAUCUGCAUGGAAACUAUAGGGGAGGAGAUCUCUGAGCUCCGUCAGAUGAAGAAAGGCGUGUUCCAGCGAGUGGUUGCUAUCUUCAUCCAUUAUUGUGAUGUCAAUGGGGAGCCAGUUGAGGAUGACUACAUCUGAAUGGAUGAGCCUGUAGACUUCUUUUCUACCUUUGGACUUGCAUCAUCUGCAAAAGAAACAAAUGGAUUCAUUCUGUUGCUUUAGUGCACUGAAAGAUCUUGGAACUUCUGUGGUUCACAGUUGCCCCAGCGCCUACUGGAAUAGUUUGUAGUAAAUGUAUAAUGAGAAGUUGUAUUGUAUGUUGAAGACUCUAAAUCUUCCUAAAGUUGGCUUUAUUUCAUUUGUUUAUAUUAUGAAAUUUAAUUUAAGUUCCAUUUUAAUGUAGAUAAUUAAUUAUGGCAAGGGAGAAGAAGACUGAACUUCUUAGCCCACAUAAUUCAUGGCAGUAUUUUUGCUGUUUUGACACAAGUGAAGCCCCUACAUGCUGUGUUCAGGAGCCACAGGGGUCUUAUAAUCUGUGCCUUUGUUUUCCUCUUGAGCAUCUAAGAGUACAUUCUGAGUAAAUCUGUUGAACAGCCUUGGAGUCUCUUGCAUUUUUCAAGGAGAAGUAAGAUGAAGGCACUAAGCAAGUGAAGAAUGACAGAAGUGGGAAGAGCAGCCAUGCAAAUGAGCUAUAGAAAUAUUUCAAUUAUUGGUUUAAUUACAAAAUGCAAGUUAAGAUCACUCUCAGACGUAGUAUUUGUUAAACUAAAAAAAGUGGGCACCACAGGGUUCAAGAUUAAUGAGAAGCAAUAAAUGAAAUGGUUUUCUGUUGCAGUUUCUUCUUUCAGUGGCGUAUUGGUUUCUAAAAUAUGCAGAUGUAUUAUGAGAACCCCAGUAAAUAUAGGUCCAUUUAUUUUCCAUGUGUGGCUGCUCUCCUUAUGUCUGCCUGUAUUCCACAAUGUUUAUUUUGUGUUCAAAUGCUUUGUUUGCACAGAGAGCAGAUUUCAAAAGUCCUUUCCUAGGAAGCUGUCAACCCGAAGUACUUGUACAAUCUCCUGAUGGGGACAAAAAAAGCACAAGGCAUAAUGGCAGUAGGGUGCAAGUUUCCAGCUAAAAUCCCAGCAGUGGAUUGAGUUGGGCAGCAUUGGAAGCUGCCAGUUCUUACCUGAGAUUCUUAUUUCAGUUGAGCCUUGUAAUAAUGUCGUGUUGCAUUUCUGCUGAAUUCAUAUCUCUCUCUUACGUUAAUGGCUGCCAGAUUCUUUUUCAUCCAUUCCUCAUGGUGUUGGCCAGGAUUUUGUUGUUACAAAGCCAGUGAAAAAGAGAUGGGACUAGUGUUCUGAUCCUAUUGUUUAUGUGCUAUUCCAUGAAUAAAAAAAGCUCAGGUUGUUGUAAACCCUGCCAGAUGGAAAUUUCAUAAUACAGUACUACAACUUUUAUCUCCCUAGCCUUGAGAUAGCAAAAAUGCUUGCGUAAUUAGGCAUUUGAAUAAACAAGAUUUGCAGUUA